AUGUAUUUACAACUAAAAGAUCCAGAUAAAAGUAAACAUGAUAGUAUACCAGUAAUUUUCAAAUUCUAUUUUCCAUAUGAAAGAUUGGAUAUUUUUUUUCUAGAUUGGAAAAGUAAUGGUAGAUACUGGAGUGGAAAUGUUUUAAUCCCAGCAAAUUUAAUGCCAGGUUCGAUUUCAUAUUAUAUUCCAAAUUACGAUGCAAGCACCAUUAUUUUUAAUACCCAAUUAUCAUCAGAAUCACAACUAAAUGUCACAUCUCUCGAAGCUGAUCUUUUUGGCCCAAUUUUCGAAUCUCUUUUUCAAAUACCUCCCAAGUUUAUCUAUAAUGAAAGGGUUAUUCAAUUCGGGUGGAACAUCACAAUUAAAGAUACUCCUAAUGGGUUGUCGCAUGGCUUUAUAGUAGUUAGAGGCAAUCUGGAUCAUUCAUAUUACAAUUUUACAAUUAUCGUAAAGAAAAUCUCCGGCGACAGGUUUGUUGGGGAUUACUUAAUAACAAUGGAUAUUUCAUAUGGUUUAAUGGGAUGUGCCUCUCAAGAAUAUGAAAUUAUGAACGUUUAUUUAGAAGAUACUCAAGGUUUAUUCACAAGACACAAACAAAUCUCUGACUUU